AUGGUUCACUUCCAAAAACCCUGGGUUACAGGUGACGCAAUGGCGGGCCUGGAGAAUGGCGCAGGGAACGUCCUAUCGGACAAGACUCUCGACAACGGCAAGCCCAGCAGCGUGAAAGGCUUUUCCGCGGUCGAGGCCGGGGAAGCGGACGGGACGGAGAUGCGCGAGUACCCCGCGGGCGUGGGGCUGACGUCAGCGGCCCCCGAGUUCGGCAUGCCUCGGAUCGCGGGCCCGGAGCUGCACAAGAUGCACGAGCGCAAGCGCGCAGUGAAUGACCCGGAAAAAGAUGCAACAGAGGUUAUUGACGACGACAUGUCCCCAAUUGAGGAGGUCAACCUAACCGUCCCCAACACGGACGACUACACGCUUCCGGUGUGGACCAUUCGGGUGUGGGUCCUCGGGAUCUUGUCGUGCGCCGUGCUGGCUUUCGUCAACCAGUUCUUCUGGUUCAGGACGGAGCCCCUUAUCGUCUCCGCGCUAGCAUUCCAGAUCAUCACGCUCCCGCUCGGGCGAUUCAUGCACAAGAUCCUCCCGGCGCGGCGUUUUCUCGGGGUUAACCUUAACCCGGGGCCGUUCAAUGUCAAGGAGCACGUGCUGAUCACCAUCUUCGCAAACUGUGGCUACUCCUUCGGCAACGGGAACGCAUACGCUAUCGACAUCGUCACGAUCAUGCGCCAGUUCUACGGCAAGGAGCUGAACUUCGGCGCCGCGGUUCUGCUCGUGGUUACGACGCAAUCCGUGGGUUACGGAUUUGCCGGGCUGAUGCGCAAGUUCCUGGUGGAGCCCGCGCACUUCUGGUGGCCGACUAACCUCGUCAACGUGUCGCUUUUCCGGACUCUCCACGAGAAAGAGACGGGCCGGGGAAUGACCCGCAUCAAAUUUUUCCUUAUCGCGGCGUUCCUCAGCUUCAUCUGGUACAUGGUCCCCGGUUACGUCAUGACCAUCAUGACGUCACUCUCCUGGAUCUGCUGGGCGUUCAAGAAGAGCGUUACCGCGCAGCAGGUCGGCUCAGGUCUGGAAGGACUCGGGCUCGGUGCUUUCGCUUUGGACUGGGCGACCAUAUCAGCGUUCCUCCUCUCGCCGCUUGCCACUCCUUGGUUCGCGAUUGCCAACGUAUUGGUCGGCUUCCUUCUGGUCACAUACGUCAUCGUCCCCAUUGUAUACUGGAACAACAUAUACGACGCCAAGAAUUACCCGAUCCUGUCGUCUCGCCUCUUUCUCAAAACCGGUCAGCCGUACGUCACAAGCAAGAUCCUGGACAGCAACCUGCAAGUCGACUACGCAAAAUACGCGGCCUAUGGCAAGCCGCACCUCACCGGGUUCUUCGCCAUAACCUACGGCGUCGGGUUUGCCACGCUAACCGCGACAAUUAGCCACCUGCUGCUGUGGCACGGGCGGGACAUCUACCACCGCGCGCGCUCAUCGUUGGGCGAGCGUAUGCCGGACAUCCACACGCGCCUGAUGCAGCGCUACCAGGACAUCCCCUGGAUCUGGUUCAUUAUCCUUCUGGUCGUAACCGUGGGUUUGUCCAUCGUUACCUGCGAAGUUUUCGGGUUACAGCUGCCCUGGUGGGGCGUUCUGCUCGCGACCGCGCUCGCGAUCUUCUUCACGCUGCCGGUGGGGGUCAUCGCGGCGACCACGAAUCAGAUCCCCGGGCUCAACAUCAUUACGGAGUUUAUGAUCGGGUUCAUCCUCCCGGGCAAGCCCAUCGCGAACGUGGUGUUCAAGACGUAUGGUUACAUCAGCAUGACGCAAGCCAUCUCGUUCCUGCAAGACUUCAAGCUGGGGCAAUACAUGAAGAUCCCUCCGCGCCCCAUGUUCAUCGUUCAGGUGGUGGGCACCCUGAUCGCGGGGAUUAUGAACCUGGCCGUCGCGUUCUGGCUCUACGGCUCCAUUAACAACAUUUGCAACACAAAUCUUUUGCCUGACGGGUCUCCCUGGACUUGCCCGUCCGCCAACGUCUUCUACUCGGCGUCGAUCAUUUGGGGGGUGAUCGGGCCGAAGCGCAUCUUCGGCAGCUUGGGCGACUACAGCGCGCUCAAUUGGUUCUUCCUCGCGGGUUUCCUGCUUCCGGUUCCGUUCUGGGCGGCGGCGCAGGUUUUCCCGAAGGUCAAGUGGCUCCGCAAGGUGAAUGUCCCGGUCAUCCUCGGCGCGACCGCGCUGCUGCCGCCCGCGACGCCCGUCAACUACUCGUCUUGGAUCCUAACCGGUUUCAUCUUUAACUACCUCAUCUUCAAGUAUUACAAAGGCUGGUGGUCCCGUUACAACUACGUGCUUUCCGCGGCGCUCGACACCGGGGUCGCCUUCAUGGGCAUUAUAAUCUUCGCGGCGCUCCAGAAUCAGAACACGGUCCUCAGUUGGUGGGGUAACGGAGGGACCACGACCGACCACUGCCCGCUUGCGUCGUGCCCGACCGCGCCGGGGAUUGUUGUCGAAGGGUGCCCGGUGUUUUAGGCGGGUUUGAGGCUUUUCGAGAUUCGACGUCGAUACAUGGAUACUCAAACGAUGGAAGGUUCGGCCGGAAGGAUGUUUUCGAAAGGGAUUUGAAAGCGAUGUCCACAAGGUUUUGAGCAGACCGACAGACUACUCGAUUAAAGGAUUGUGGGCGAACGCAUGGAGAUCAAUCGGAAAUGGAGGUGAUUGCAUUGGUUGCAAAUCAACAAAAGUGAACUGUUCCAUGCGGCGAUUUUGGGGUAGGUAAAUUUCCGGAAGAAUAGGGAUCGAUUGGGGAUUGCGAGUCAAAAGCAUCGAGUUGUUAUCCUCGAUCACCGCACGCUAUACUGGUGUAGAUUAUAUGUUGGAAAAAUAUUGGCUGGACAUCCGGUAAAUUGGUCGCUUACUGCUAGCUUCGUGUCAGUC